AGAUCCACUGCUGCUGAGGAGAGGAGCGUCAACAGCAGCACCACGGCUCAACAGAAGAACCUUGAAGGCUAUGUGGGAUUUGCAAAUCUCCCAAAUCAAGUAUACAGAAAAUCAGUGAAGAGAGGGUUUGAAUUCACACUUAUGGUUGUGGGUGAAUCUGGACUGGGAAAGUCAACAUUAAUCAACUCAUUAUUCCUCACAGAUUUGUAUUCUCCAGAGUAUCCAGGUCCUUCCCAUAGAAUAAAAAAGACUGUACAGGUGCAAUAAUCCAAAGUUUUAAUCAAAGAAGGUGUUGUUCAGUUGCUGCUCACAAUAGUUGAUACCCCAGGAUUUGGAGAUGCAGUGGAUAAUAGUAAUUGCUGGCAGCCUGUUAUCGACUACAUUGAUAGUAAGUUUGAGGACUACCUAAAUGCAGAAUCUAGGGUGAACAGACGUCAGAUGCCUGAUAACAGAGUGCAGUGUUGUUUAUACUUCAUUGCUCCUUCAGGACAUGGACUUAAACCAUUGGAUAUUGAGUUUAUGAAGCGUUUGCAUGAAAAAGUGAAUAUCAUUCCACUUAUUGCCAAAGCAGACACACUCACACCAGAGGAGUGCCAACAGUUUAAGAAACAGAUAAUGAAAGAAAUCCAAGAACAUAAAAUUAAAAUAUAUGAAUUCCCAGAGACAGAUGAUGAAGAAGAAAAUAAGCUUGUUAAAAAGAUAAAGGACCGUUUACCUCUUGCUGUGGUAGGUAGUAAUACUAUCAUUGAAGUUAAUGGCAAAAGGGUCAGAGGAAGGCAGUAUCCUUGGGGUGUUGCUGAAGUUGAAAAUGGUGAAUAUUGUGAUUUUACAAUUCUAAGAAAUAUGUUGAUAAGAACACACAUGCAGGACUUGAAAGAUGUCACUAAUAAUGUACACUAUGAGAACUACCGGAGCAGAAAACUGGCAGCUGUGACUUAUAAUGGAGUUGAUAAUAACAAGAAUAAAGGGCAGCUUACUAAGAGCCCUCUUGCACAAAUGGAAGAAGAAAGAAGGGAGCAUGUAGCUAAGAUGAAGAAGAUGGAGAUGGAGAUGGAGCAGGUGUUUGAGAUGAAGGUCAAAGAAAAAGUUCAAAAACUGAAGGACUCUGAAGCUGAGCUCCAACGGCGCCAUGAGCAAAUGAAAAAGAAUUUGGAAGCACAGCACAAAGAAUUAGAGGAAAAACGUCGUCAGUUUGAAGAUGAGAAAGCAAAUUGGGAAGCCCAACAAUGUAUUUUAGAGCAACAGAACUCUUCAAGAACCUUGGAAAAUAACAAGAGGAAAGGGAAGAUCUUUUAAACCCUCUUUUGACCACCAGUUACGUAUUAGUUGCCAACAUGCCAGCUUGGACAUCAGUGUUUGUUGGAUCCGUUUGACCAAUUUGCACCUGUUUUAUCCUUAAUGAUGGAUUUAACAGCAUGACAAAAAUUAUUAUUAUUUUUUUUUGUUCUUGACGGAGAUUAAGAUGCCUUUAAUUGUCUAGGGU